CCCAGCCCUGCCCACCAGGGCGCCCCACCCACCCUCCCACUCGGAGCCAUGGGCAGCCUGGGGCCUCAGGGCCCACGCCUGGUACGGGCUCCCUACACAGUUCUGCUGCUGCCACUGGGGACCAGCCGCCAAGACCCUGGGGCCCAGAGCUUCUUCCUUUGGUUGCAGAGGAUGCAGGCUCUGGAGAGACAGCAGGACGCCCUGUGGCAGGGGCUGGAGCUGCUGCAGCGCGGCCAGGACUGGUUCCAAGCCCGUCUGAGGGAGGCCCAGCAACAGCAGCUGCGUCUGGGGGCCCUCGGAGAGCUUUCAACUCCUCCUCCAGAAUUUCCUGACAGAUCCACACUCAGAGCCCUGCGGCCCCCAGUUGGCCCAGAUUCAAAAAGUGAACAUCUGUUUGCAGAAUCUGAUUCAAGACAAGGUGAGUUUAUUGUCUUUAAACUUUCAGGAAAUGGGCUGAGAGGGAGCUGCAGCGAAUCCCGUCCCCCCACCCCUCGCGCCCGCCGCAGGAGGCUGUGCGGGGACAGGGUGAGCAGCACAGAUGCCCGUGUUUCCCUCCUCUUCUCCAGGAGACAUCGAGGCAGCAGAAAGGAGCCACCCAGUCCGAGAGGGAGAGGGGUCCGCCGGGUUGUGCCCCGGGGCGGAGGGGCCCGACCCUCGUGUAAACCCUCUUCAGUUCGUCAGUGUGGGGCCGCUGGGAGGCUGAGUCAGACCAAACUCCUCUCUUAACCCAACAGCCUAAUUAUGGCUCCAGGCCAGGGGUCCCUGGCGUUCCGACCCCCCUUGUGUAAAGCGUCCCUCUGCCUCUCCCCAUACGCUGCUCAGGCAGGGCCCCUCCUAACCGGAGGAGGCGCGCUGCGCCCCAGCACUGAGAGGCCGAGUCGGGGGACUGCGAGCUUGAGACCCGCCUGGCAACUCCGCGACUUACCAAGAAACUGUUUCAAAAUAAAAUUUUUUUACAAGGGCUGGGGACGUUGCUGGGGCAAUCCGGGGUUCAUCCCCAGUACUGCCAAUAAAUAAAUAAAUAAAUAAA